CACGCAUCAACCUUACACUACAGCGCGAGAUCUUGCAGAGGACGCUUCCAAGAGGAAUGCGCCUCGCCCACGACCAGAAUCGAGGAUGUACACCAUAUCCAAAGCGCACCUCCUCGCCACCGCCGCCGUCCUCUCGCUGAUCAUCACGACAUUCCUUAUCUUCGGCACGCAGUACUCCACCUCGGUCGCCAAAUAUGCGCUGAAGACAUCUCUGCAGACCGGGGGAUGUGCUCCGCCGCCCGCGGAAUUUCCCAUGAGCAGCAGCAACACCACCACCGCCUGGGAAUUCGAGGCGGCGCGCGACGGCAACAACUACGGGCUCACGGCGCGGCAAUGCCGCGCGGCGUUCCCCAAGCUGUUCGUGGAGAUCGACAACUCGACGGCGACGCGCGCGCAGAACCCGAUCCGCUAUGAGGAGUUGGAUCAGAUCGAGAUGGCGGAUGGGAUGGUGCGGGGGAUGAUUGCGGAUGGACAGCUCUACAUAAUCUCCUACACCCCACAACCCGCCACCUUCAGCCGCGCCAAAGCAACGCUGCACGCGCUGCACCGCGCCCUCGCCGCCUCCCCGGACCCGCUCCCACCCCUCGAAUUCAUCCUCACCACCGAAGACUUCUACCUCCCGCCCCCCACCACCACCACCACCGCCAGCGGGCCGCCAAUCUGGUCGUACACCAAACUCCCGCACCACCGACACACCUGGCUGAUGCCCGACUUCGGGUACUGGUCGUGGCCGGAGGUGGGGGUGGGGCCGUACGGCGCGCUGCGCGCGCGCAUCGCCGCCCUCGAAGCGACCCUCCCCUCCUUCGCGCAGAAGCGCAAACAGCUGCUCUGGCGCGGCAGCACGGCCACCAACCCCGCCGUGCGGGGGACGCUCCUCAAAGCCGCGCAGGGGAAGAGCUGGUCCAGCGUGCGUACUCUGGACUGGGAUUCUACCUCCGAACCGUCCGCUGGUUCAGGUUCAGGUUCAGGUUCAGGUAAGGGUAUGCCGGAGGCCUUCCUCCCGAUGCACGAACACUGCGGCUACAUGUUCCUGGCGCACACGGAGGGGCGCAGCUUCUCCGGGCGCGGCAAGUACCUCCUCAACUGCAGGGCGGUGGUGCUCUCGCACCCGCUGUCGUGGCGGGAGGCGCACCAUGCCGCGCUGGUGGCGGCGCCGCAUCCGGAGGCGAACUAUGUCGUGGUCGAGGAGGAGGGGUGGGCGGACUUGGAUGCCAAGAUGCGGUGGUUGAUUGAUCAUCCCGAGGUGGCGGAGCGGAUUGCCGACGAGGCGGUGCGGACGUUCCGCGAUCGGUAUCUGACGCCCGCGGCGGAGGCGUGUUACUGGCGCGAGUUGGUGGGGGCGUAUAGUCGGGUGUCGGGGUUUGUGCCUGUGUUGGAGGGCCGCGAGGGGGUGGUGGCUUUUGAGGAUUGGGUUCUGGGGGUCUCGUAG